AUGCCAAAGCUAGACGAUACAAAGAAUAACAAACAGCGUAAGCGGAAUAGGGUCCCUAUUUCCUGCACAAUAUGUCGUCGCCGCAAGGUAAAGUGCGAUAAGAAGAAGCCGGAAUGCACCAAUUGUAUAAAGAAUGGUGUCCAGCAUUUGUGCAGGUAUUUGGAGCCAAGUUGGGCAAAACCUUUGAACGAAAAUGAGCUACAUUUCCCCGGCACCACGGUAACGUCGCACACCCGGGAAUCGUCGCUAGACUUCGUUGACAGGGACCAGGAGAUGAAGCGAUUGUUGGCCAGAAUUAGAGAGCUGGAAAACGAAAAUGGGGAGCUCAAGCGGAAAAAGACCAAGCCGGGCACCUCCAGACCCUUGUUACGCAACACUGAUGAUCUUGUUGAUUUCAUCCGCAACUCGAAUAUCCUCUUUACAGCGAAAAAGGGGCCUACCUAUAAUUUCCCAAUAAUCUAUCAAAUCAGCGUCUUUUCCUGGAUGUUUGUGGUGAGAAACGAUUCCUACCUUAAUGAUCUAUGGCUCAAGAUAUUGAAACUACGCAAACACUAUGAAUACUACUACAGCAGCAAAAACGCAAUGGCCGAUGCGUCGAAAUCGCUGGAGACAGACUAUACGAACUACGAUUUUAAAAUGAGCCACAUUCGGCAGCAAAAUAAAAACCACGAGGUCCCGAAGGAGAAGAGCAACGAGCACACAAGCAAGCUAAAGAAGUUCCUUGAAACAGCCAUGGUGCUCAACAAGCCACAGCCCGAUGCCAAGUGCCCGAUCACGGGAGAGUCCGGCGUUUGUCCUGCACAUGAGUCUCCUUCUGUAGAGAAGUCAACAACCAGAGUGAGAAAGUGUCCGGUCCUUCAUACCGAGGACUCUUCCGAAGGGGCUUUGAAUUUCUCCAAGGAUGACGACGAGGAAGACGAAAUGGAAGACCCAAAAGUGUGUCCGUUGAUGAUAGGCGACGCCAGGGCCUUGUUCAAAGAAAAGCUUUCGAGAAUGUCCGUGUCUGCGAUCAGAGACCUUCCGCACUCAAAGUCUCCAAAAGUGACGUCCAUUUCCGCCGACGUCGUGGAGACUCCUACUGGCACUGCUGCUGCGUCGCCCAACGCAGCAGGAGACGAGCCGGCUUUUUCAGGACCACAGGAGCCACGCACCACGAUCGACGGAUUGCAGAGACUAAACAAGAACAACGGCACGAAAAAAAUCAAGACUAUCUCGCCGUCUGCAAUCAAAAGCCUCAACUACAAUAACACCAAACAGGUGAUUGCGGUGAUCGAAAAACACUUGCCGGACCGCGAGGUUGUUUGGUUGUUAAUUGACCGAUUUUUCGACAAGCUCUAUAUUCACCUUCCUUACGUUGACGAGGAGAGUUUCCGGGCCCGGAUUGCGUCAAUCAUCGAUGCCACCGAUGCCUCGUCGCAGCGAAUUCGGCUGGGCUCCAUUGGAUCGCAGUAUUGCGAAGAGUUUUUGAAUGUGUGUCUAUUGCUGAUUAUUCUUCGUUUGAGUUGGUUAUCUCUGCCAUCCAGGAUGUCUGAUUCGCUCUCACUGGAGGAACAGGUGAUGAUGAGACCCGAGAACAUCAUCACAAUGGUUUUGGUCGAUAUGGUGAAGGAGAUCUUUUCCAGUGCAAAGAUUAUGAGUAAGCCGUCUUUGAUCAUCUUUCAGGUUGGGCUGUUUUUGAAGCUGUACAAUAUUUUGUCACCAGAAGAUGGAUUCGACCUCGAAGAUUCUUACUCGAACUCAAACACGACGCUGCUUAACUCCAACGAUCUCAGUGGAGACCUCACGAACGAGAAUCCAAAUAUGAACGCUCCUAAUUUUAUGUACAUGCUGAUCCAGCUGGCCAUCACUAUUGGGCUGAACAGAGACCCUCUCAACUUCAAGAACUUCUACCCGGCCACAGAGGACCCUGUUUCAAAUGCCAGACUGUUCAGAAAGAGACAUCUUUGGAGAAAACUCUGGUACGGUCUUCUGGGAUUGAGCAUUGAGAGCAACCUCAGCCUUGGAGACUAUAAAAAAGGACUUCCGAUUGAAAUCGACAUCGACCCGACUCUCGGAUCGGUCAAUAAGACCUGGGAUUGUCGGCUUCCUGGAGGAGUGGAGCAAGGUGUUUUAGAAAAGAGCUUUAACGGAGCACUGCUGAAAAAAGAGCAGCUGGUUGUCACAAACUUCAAGGACUCAAUUUUAGUCUACCAUCUUCUCUACAAGGGAAUGAGUAUUCUGUUUUCUGUGGACUCCACGCCGACCUCUAGAGACUUCGACCAGAUCAUGGCCAAGUUGCUGGACCUCAUUUCUGACCGAUCGCGAAUCAAGCUGAACAUGGCUUCGUUCCUCAACAACGAGGAUGAAACACCGUUGGAUCACUGUGUGAAGAUCUACCGGUUCAAGUUGCACCUAGUGAUCAAAUCGAUGCUUUUCGCUCUGAAUUAUCUGCUUUUCCUGAACCAUGAACAAAAGUUUAAUAGACUCAUUUCUGAAAAGAAUUUCACCAUGAAUAAGCUGGAAAAACAAAAAGAAUACAUGAACACAUACUUUGAAAGCUGUCUGCUGCUUGCUGUCGACAACUACGAUAUCUUCAACCAGAUCUACGAAAAAAGCGAUACGCUGUACCCCAGCUGCGGCUCGCAAUUGAUUUUGUAUCCGUACCUGCUGAUAUUGAACCACCGCUCGCACGAAUUCCUCAUCUCGCUAAUUCUUCGGUUGCAGCAGAACUCGCCGAUCGUGAUGGAGAUUCUCAACCGCAACAACAUAGACAAGGACGAGCUCUUGAGCCGUCUGUUCAACUACCUCCAGUCGUUCUUGGACAAGCUGGAAGAUCUCACAAAGCUGUAUUACUACGCCUGGAGACUGAAAAAGAUGGUCAAGUUCUUCCACAACAUCCUGGCCAACUCAAACAAGCUGUUCAACAUCAACUUCAAGACCUUGGGCGAGAACGAGCAGAACAAACAGGAGAUCACGUUGCAAACUCCAAAAGUGUCGCAGCCACUGCAGCUGCACCAGACCCCUAGGCCGAUCAAGCGCGAGCCAACAAACGCAUUUGAGAUCGCGUUCGGUACCUCGAAGCUGCCGCCAGUUACGGACUUCACAGGUGCCAACGACCCAAUGGCACAGCCGGCUUCAGAGCAGGUGGAGGCGAACGUCAAUGCUGCUUCGAUGCCGGACAUGUUUGACGACAUGUUCUUCAGCGAAUUGUCGGAUAUCAACGGCAUGAUGACGGGUGAGACGAUUCCAAAUACGAUGAUGGAUAUGCCGCAAAUGGUGUCGCCAGACCAUCCGAUGGGCAACGGAGUGCCGGGGCCUGGCUUCCACAACUCUCUCAACGAGAUCGACUUCACCAACGUCGAUCUCACCUCACAGUUCGAGAACUACCCGAUGAACUACGAGAACGCGUACCCGAACGGGCUGGGGAACCUCAACUUCCAUUUCGGCUGA